AUGGAGAUAUUUCUCCAGAUAAAGGAGAGAGGGUUGCUCAAGGCUCCUGUUCCGAUGAAAAACCCGCGAGAGCUCGCCGACCAGUCCAAGCAUUGGCGCUUUCAUAGGCAAAACAGACACGACACCGAAGACUGCCACGAACUGAAACUGCAGAUCGAGGAGCUUGUCCGCGGGGGUCACCUCAGUCGGUACGUCCGACAUAACGGGGAGCCCUCGCCUCUCCCAGAGGGCCCCGUGGAGCGCCAGAUCGAUGUCAUCACUGGAGGACUGGUGGCUGGGGGAACCAAUAUGUCCGGGAGAAAGGUCGCAUUCCCUCCCGAGGACGUCAAGUCACCGGAGCACGAUGACGUGCUUUUGAUAAUGGCUCAAAUCACUAAUGCCCAUGUGAGGAGAAUCAUGAUCGACACCGGGAGCUCAACCGACGUGCUCUAUCUGGAUGCCUACCAGAAGUUGGGGUUAACCAAAGAAUCCCUGAAGCCUAUCUGCUCGGUGCUCAUGGGGUUCACCGGCGAUUCGGUCUCACCAUUGGGGACUGUUAUCUUUCCCCUCACCUUGGGAGCGCCACCCAGAACAAAGACGGUGAUGUCCACCUUCUUGGUGGUAUAUCUUCCUGCUGCUUAA